AUGCAAACAAAUUUACCUGAUUUUCUAUUUGAAGAACUUCAUUGUGAAGAUUUAGAAGAUUUAAUGCUCUGUGAUCUUAAUGACAAAAGUACAACAAAAUAUUUUACAACAUCAGAUUUUAUAGAAUAUCCACUAAUAAUUAAUUCGUAUAAUCCGAAAGCUGCUAUUGAAAACAACACAAAUAAUAAUAAAAACAAUUCAACAACUUUAAUAAUAAAUUCAUUAUUGGAUAUAGUUAAUUUAACAUGGUAUUGUAAUCGUGGUAUAAUAGUUUUAACACACCCACUAGCGGCACCAUCAUCGUCAAAUCGUUUGUGUCUUUGUCCUCCAGCUUAUUAUGGCGAUCGUUGUCAAUAUCAAUCAGAUCGUUUAAAUGUAUUUUUAAGUAUUUAUAAGCCAACAGCGUUUGAGGGUAGUCUUGUUUUUAAAAUACUGAUAUUUUUACUGGAUGAUCAAAA